AACUCAAAUUUUGAGUAGUUUUGAAUGAGCGUGCACGAUUAAGCAUACCGCGGUGGCGGUACACAGAAUAACUUUGGGCUUGGUCGGUAAACAUCGUAAAAGUUGGAGUCAGUGAAUGCGGUGAAGACGUGUGUUCCGUGUGCUGUACCUGUAAAGGCUUUAAGUGGAAUCUUUGUUUCCUAAAAACAACGAAUAGCUUGAAGAAUUAUGUAGUGUAUCUCUAUAUAAAGGUACAUAUUCGAAGUGGAUCGGAUUCUUGCAAGAUUUGACGGAAGUACUAAGAAAGAAGUGAAAACUUACUCGAAAUCAGCAGCACCUGAUCGAUAGCGGCUAACUCAGCGAUCUCGUCGGAAUAUAAAUUCAAGUGUCAGCUGCAUUAGCAUGGAGCAGCAAAAUCCAAAAUCUAAUGAAAACAAAUUAGGAAAACCCGUCGAAGUCAACACCUCUACUCAUUUGAAAGUAGAAGAAAUCGUAAAGAUAGAUACAUUGCCCGAAAAAACUGACAGGGACAACAAAUUAACAGAACCCGUCGAACUGAACACCUCAAUUCAGGUGAAAGUAAAGGAAAUGAAAAUAACAGAUAGGCCGCCUAAAAAUGGAAAUAAGGUGAAAAAAAUAAGUGAACCCGUCGAAAUCAACACCUCUAUUCCGAUUAAAGUAGAGGAAAUCGAAAUAAUAGAUUCAUUGACCGAAUUAAAAACGGAACCGCAGGAAGCGGAUGCCGCCAACCAUCGAUGUGAGGUUUAUUGCGAAAAUUUCCCAAAAAAUCACUCGAGUGAGGCACCUUUCAACUGUGAAUUGUGUGGAGAAAGCUUUCCCAUGCUCUGGGACCUUGUGCUUCACAAGGGGGAUUACAGGCUCAAGAAUGAACUUUCUAAGUGCGCCAAACACGAAUCUCUCAGGGUAAUUAGCACAGCAUGUGAGAUAUGUGGAAAGGAGUAUGAUACGCUCAGAAAGCUAAAAGGUCAUAUACUGACUCAUUCAGAUGAGAAACCUUUCAAGUGUGAAAUGUGCGAGAAAAGCUUUCGUCUGCUCAGUCAACUAAAAAAACAUGACUUGGUGCACACAGAUCAUAAAAGAUACCAAUGUAAAGUGUGCGAUAAGAAGUUCAAAUUUAACUGCGACCUAAAAUGUCACUGGACAAUUCACACAAAUGAAAAACCGCACAGAUGUGAUGUGUGUGGGAAAGAAUAUCGUACAAAAGCUGUUCUUAAAACUCAUCAGAAUAUUCACACUAACGAAAGUUCUCACAUGUGUCAAGUGUGUGGAAGAGAAUUUCGCAAAAUGUCAAAUCUCAGAAGACACAUGAAUAUUCACCCAGGCACAAAGCCGCACAGAUGUGAAGUGUGUGGGAAAGAAUUUAGUACAAACGCUCUCUUUAAAAACCAUCAGAAUAUUCACACAAACGAAAAACCGCACAUAUGUGAAGUGUGUGGAAGAAAAUUUCGCGAAAUGCCGAGUCUCAUAAAACACAUGAAUAUUCACACUGGCAAAAAGCCGCACAGAUGUGAAGUGUGUGGAAAAGAAUUUCGUACAAAAGAUGUCUUUAAAAACCAUCAGUAUAUUCACACAAACGAAAAACCGCACAUAUGUGAAGUGUGUGGAAGAAAAUUUCGCAUAAUACGGAAUCUCAAAAGACACAUGGAUAUUCACACAGGCAAAAAGCCGCACAGAUGUGAAGUGUGUGGAAAAGAAUUUCGUAUAAAAGAUGUCCUUAAAAACCAUCAGAAUAUUCACACAAACGAAAAACCGCACAUAUGUGAAGUGUGUGGAAGAAAAUUUCGCGAAAUAGGGAAUCUCAAAAGACACAUGAAUAUUCACACAGACAGAAAAUCACACAGAUGUGAUGUGUGUGGGAAAGGAUUUCGCGAAAAGCAGAACCUCAAUCGUCACAAAAUUGUUCACGAAAGCAAAGAACUAAAACCGUUCAAGUGUGAAUUGUGCGGAAAAGGACUUCGUUUUCGCGAUAACCUAAGCCGUCACAUGUCGACGGUUCACUCGAUGUAAACACUGUAAAUAUGGCCUGUAUGACCAGAUUUAGACACACAUAUGUCCGAAAAAAAACAUUAAAAGUUCUACAAAGAAAGACAGCAAGCCAAGAAAACGCUGUUCAAAAUUUAUGUUGUUCUAGAUAUUUCCUAAACAAAGCUGGUAGUUUAAAUUAUGCACUGUACACUAAGGGCAGAUCACUCUAGAAAUGUACAUCAAAUUUGCAUCGAAAUUGAAAAAAUGUAUUUAAUGUCCAUUUUGCAUCAAUUUUACACUCCCUCGCAGAUAAGUCUGUCGAACAAACGCCCUGCGCCGAUCCACUUCGUUCGAUGUUUUUUUUUGGAUGUAGAUAUAGUUUCUUGCAGGGCUUUGACGCCCUACCCGCAACGCAAAAUACAUUCUAUUUUGAUGGCAAGAAACAGCGAUUAAUAUUCUUGAUUUAAAAAUGCAUCACAGGUGAUCUGCCCCUAGAUUGUGCAUCAUAGAAGACUCAGAAUACAUUACACCAGAAAACAGUAUUUUAUUCCUAGUUUUAAGACAGCUUUAAACUUUAUCAUAAAAAAAUAUUCAUCCCCAUCUUGUAAGAUAGCUGUGAAACUUCUCAUAAAAAUUUGUUCCUCUUCUUGUAUAUUAAUCUGUAUUCCUAGUCUUAAGAGAGCUGAAAUUUUUGAAAAAACUAUUGUUCAAUCUUGAUUAUCGAAUCAUAUUUUUAGUAUUAAUUGGUAAAAAAAUGUUCCUUUCAAUAUUAAAACAAAUUGUUCAUUGUAGCCCCUUAGUUUUAAGAUAUGUAAAAAAAGCAAAUUGGCACCGCCAAGCUACCGCAUUUGUGCCUAUUAAAUAAACGAACUGAAUAAAAAAAUACACUACGUAUACAACGUUUGGAAGGCACCGAACCUUAGCCAACCAACCAGAAAACCUUGUACGGCGAGCGAUCUGUAGAUGUUGAAAAAUAUUUAUUUCGGCGUCAUAUCAGAGUCUGUAAAUGGACAAAUCCACAUGCAAGCGCCUAAAAGAGACUUCUUGAAGUCUUAUGAAGACUCGACACUUUUUGGCCGGAUUUGGCAUGUUUCAUUCUGCCUGGCCAGUCUUAUACUGGCACAAAACUAAUAAUGGUUCUUCGCAGUGCAUCCGCCCUAUCCAAAAAUAUAAUCCACCAUGAAGACAAAUGUUCAUGAAAUCCCAAAAAAAAAAAUUAAAAUGCCCUUUUAAAAAUGUGUUUACACAUAUCGACCCUGGCUUUACUCUUGAUUUGAUUAAAUGAGUUACGGCAAAUGUUUGAGGAUAUUUGAAGGGCGCCGCGAAUUGUGUAGUGUAUAAAUAUUCAUGUACGGUGCUUCACACAGGCAGUUCAGCUAGCUAAAUUAAAAAUGUCAGUUAUAAGGACAAAUGGAGAAUGCUCGGCGUCGCGGCAGCGCGCACUCGGCGUCUUCUAUAUUUUGACUGUUUUACAUUCCCGCCAUUGAAAAUAAUUGUACCGAUUAUAUUGAUGGAUUCGAGAGAAACAAAAAUAUUAUGCAUACUUUCUAUUCCCGUCUCUUUUAUUCUGCUGUGAUUUUUAUGUAUUUUCUAGCAUAUACUUCUAAUAAGCAUUCAAUGAAUGGAUAGACCGAAUAUGUCCAAUGCAUAAAAUUUACAGCAGAAGAAACGAGAGGCAGAUAGAAAAGUAUGCUACCGAUGCAUUAAUAAAAUUCUGCGUGUAACGGAUUAGAAUGAAGCAGAGAGAAUAGGGAGAGAGACGAAUAGUGUGAAGCCAAAAAUACCUGCCUGAGUUGGAGGAGAUAAGUACUGUACAUCCAUCAAAAAAGAAAUAUAAAUUUUCGUCAGAAUUUACUUAAAUCGUGAUUGUAAGGUGCAUUUUAGAGUACAGUCGUGAUUUGCUGGUUGGGCCACACCUAUGUUCAACUAACGAAUUUGAUUCGUUAGUUGGACCGACUGAGA